GAGCCGAGCCCCCCCAACAGCCACAGCGCGAGGGCGACUGACGGCUCGAGGCAGCUGCGGGAGCUCUGGACACCUGUUGCCACGGAAACAAGAGCGGCGGGAAAAAAAUACCAAUAAAAGAAACCAGAAGAAGAAACCCGCUGCCUGGCCAGGUGUUUUCCUCCACAGCUGUUAAAGACAGCCAUGUCGUCUACAGUGCUGCUCAAUCUGCUGCGUUGUGGUCGCUCCACCAUCGCCAGACAGACCUUCCUCGCCGCACGCUCCUCGCCAGAAACCUCCACAGCUUCCGGGAAGUUGGUUGGGGUGGUGGGCGUACGACAGGCCAGCGGGUCGGCCCGCUUUGACAGCGACGGCAGUGGCCAGCCGGUCACCUGGGACUCAUUUGGUAUCUGGGACAACAGGAUAGAAGAACCAGUGCUGCUGCCCUCCAGUAUCAGAUAUGGAAAACCCAUUCCACAGGUCAGUCUGUCCCGGGUCGGCAGCGCUUCCAUUUUGGGUCUCAGGAAGCAGAACGAGGACCGUCUCCGUAUCGCCCGUAUCCACGACAACCUGCUUUACUUCGCCGUGUUCGACGGCCACGGCGGCCCGCAUGCCGCCGACUACUGCUACACUUUUAUGGAGAAAUUUAUAAGAGACGCUCUGGAGGAGGAAGAUGAUCUGGAGAAAGUUUUAAAGAAAGCUUUUUUAGAUGCUGACAAGGCUCUACACACACACCUCAGCUACUUCAACAACGCCUCCUUCCUGACAGCUGGCACCACGGCGACGGUUGCUAUGCUGCGUGACGGCGUGGAGCUAGUGGUCGGUAGCGUUGGUGACAGCCGGGCGAUGCUGUGCAAGAAGGGACGAGCCACCAAACUCACCAAAGAUCACACACCUGACCGCAAGGACGAGAGACACAGGAUCCAGAGGUUCGGCGGCUUCGUGACGUGGAACAGCGUCGGUCAGGCUAACGUUAACGGGCGGCUCGCCAUGACUCGCAGCAUCGGCGACUUCCACCUGAAAACCAGCGGCGUCAUCGCUGAGCCGGACACACAGCGAGUCAAUGUCCAGCACGCCAACGACUCCUUCCUGGCUCUGACCACCGACGGCAUCAACUUCCUUCUGAGUGACCAGGAGAUCUGUGACGCCAUCAACCAGUGCCAAGACCCCACAGAGGCUGCUGACGUCAUCGCACAGCAGGCGAUGCAGUACGGCUCGGAAGACAACGCCACCAUCAUCGUCGUCCCUUUCGGAGCCUGGGGGAAACAUCAGAGCUCCAACGCCGUCUACAGCAUGAGCAGGAACUUCACCUCAAGCGGGAGAUGGGCGUAGACACACACACCCACCACACAAAAACAUCACAGAGCUCUAUAACAGUCGACAAAAUGAGUGUGACUUGAAGGAAACAAAUUUUUUUUAUCUGUGAACCACCCUGAAUUCACCUGACCGUCAGGUUGUGACCCACAGUAGUGCCGGCUUUAGCUUUCCCAGCUGAUAGUCAACAGUGUACAUAGAGUGUAUAUUAAUAUAUUGUACAUACAGAGAGAUUUGCUGCAAGUGUCUAGUUUGUUAAUCUGUGUGCUUCUUUUGCGUUUAGACAAAACAUUUAACAUCCCUUUUUGUGUUUUUCUCAAACUUCCAAAUUGUCGACUCAUCAGGAAGUAAGAAGUGCGGUUUUGUCUCAGUUUGAGCUCAGUGUGGCCUGGAGGUUUUCCAGAGGACUUAAAAGGAGUUCACACUGCGGGCACGAGUCGCACAAAUCUGAUUUUAUUUUUGUGACUCAGAUCUUUUUUUUAAUGACAGUGUGAACAGAACAAAUCACACUGAAUCUGAUCUUUUUCAUUCUGAUUCAGGACACUUUGGUAUGUGGUUGGGGGGGUUUAUACAAUAAAAGUUGUGAAAUAAUUACCAAGAAAUACCUAUUUUGAUACUUUGAGGCAUCAAAGUCUGCUAGCUAAGUUUUUGGACCUCAGUAGUUCUAAAACCCGGUGUACAGCAAUGCUAGUGAGCUAACGCUAAGAGAACAUCAACAGUGUUAGGGGUUAGGGUUGUGAAAUCUGAUUUUGGCCACAUUUAUAUGGUGGCUUUGGCUCAAGAGGUAGAGCGGGUCGUUUUUUGAUCCGAAGGUUGCCGGUUGGAUACCUGGCUCCUUCCACUGCAUGCCGAAGUGUCCUUGAGCAAGAUACUGAACACCAAUUUGUUCCCUAUUCAUCGGUGUAUGAAUGGUUGAAUGUGACAUGUAGUGUCAAAGCACUUUGAGUGGUUGGAAGACUAGAAAAGGAGCUUUACAAGUACAGUCCAUUUAAAAAAUAAUGUAAACAAACAAAAUCUGAUCUGAGCAAUAAAUCAGAGUGGAGCGGUAAGGCUCGCAAUGUGAACGCUGCCAUAGAGAACGAACAAAUGAUGUUUAAUUAUGUUUACUUUGUUACCUGCCAGGUUUGCUAAAUCAUAACACAUAAGAAAGUGAUAUAAAGAUUACAUUGAAUUUUCCACUGGUAUUCACCAAUUUAUUGUUUGAGAGGAGGAAAGUCUGAAGUAACCGAGGGAAACAUCAUCAAUAACAAACAUCACAUAAAGAAAUAAAGGCGAAGUAAAACCUGA